CUCUCUCACUCUCUGCGGCUUCCCCGCGCCUCGCCCCGGGGCGGCCCAGCGCACUCCUCCGACGCCGCCGAGAUGAAGGUGCUGGGACACAGGCUCCAACUGCUGACAGGGCUUCUGCUCCACGACGUGACCAUGGCGGGGCUGCAGGAGCUGCGAUUUCCUGAGGAGAAGCCCCUACUCCGGGGCCAGGAUGCCACCGAGCUGGAUAACCCUGACGCCUUCCUCUCAGUUGUGGACACAGACUGGAAGGAACAUGACAUCGAGACGCCUUAUGGCCUUCUGCACGUGGUGAUCCGGGGCUCUCCCAAAGGGAGCCGCCCAGCCAUCCUCACGUACCAUGACGUGGGUCUCAAUCACAAGCUGUGCUUCAACACCUUCUUCAACUUUGAGGACAUGCAGGAGAUCACCAAACACUUUGUGGUGUGCCAUGUGGAUGCCCCUGGGCAGCAGGUGGGAGCGUCCCAGUUCCCUCAGGGGUACCAGUUCCCCUCCAUGGAGCAGCUGGCCGCCAUGCUCCCGAGUGUGGUGCAGCACUUUGGGUUCAAGUACGUGAUUGGCAUUGGAGUGGGAGCCGGAGCUUACGUGCUGGCCAAGUUUGCACUCAUCUUCCCUGACCUGGUGGAGGGGCUGGUGUUGAUGAACAUUGACCCCAAUGGCAAAGGCUGGAUCGACUGGGCUGCCACCAAGCUCUCUGGCUUGACCAGCACUUUACCAGACACCGUCCUCUCCCAUCUCUUCAGUCAGGAGGAGCUGGUUAACAACACGGAGCUGGUGCAGAGCUACCGGCAGCAGAUCUCAAACGUGGUGAACCAGGCCAACCUGCAGCUCUUCUGGAACAUGUACAACAGCCGCAGGGACCUUGACAUUAACCGGCCUGGGACGGUGCCCAAUGCCAAGACGCUCCGCUGCCCAGUGAUGCUGGUAGUCGGAGAUAAUGCACCUGCUGAGGAUGGGGUGGUUGAGUGUAACUCCAAGCUGGACCCAACCACUACGACCUUCCUGAAGAUGGCGGAUUCAGGCGGCCUUCCUCAGGUGACACAGCCAGGGAAGCUGACUGAGGCCUUCAAAUACUUCCUGCAAGGCAUGGGCUACAUGCCCUCAGCCAGCAUGACCCGCCUUGCGCGCUCACGUACCGCAUCCCUCACCAGCGCCAGUUCUGUGGAUGGCAGCCGCCCUCAGCCCUGCGCCCACUCAGACAGCAGUGACGGGAUGGGCCAGGUCAACCACACCAUGGAGGUGUCCUGCUGAAGCCCUUGUCCUGCCCACAAUGCCCGCUUACCUGCCCCCGGUCCCUCCCACUGCCAUCUCCGCCCCGGCUCAUCUUCCCUUUAGUUUAUUUCUGUGAGAGUGAGGGGGAGGAAAUGGGGUGGCUUCUCUUCUAUUUAAAAAAAAAAAAAGAUGAGGGGAUCCACCUUGGGACAGCCCAGCACUACAGUCUUAGAUGGUGUGAGGGGCUUGCCCUAUACGCUCCCAUCUCACUCGGUGUGGUCCCUGGUUGGUGCAGCCCCUCUCUUCUGUCCAGCUGGGGUGUGGCCAGGGUGUAAGAUACGGUACUGAAGAAAGCCCAGCCUGACCCCUGAAGCUGGCGGGUGUGGGUGCUGAGCCAAGGCUCUGAUGUGAGUGGGAGGCAGACUAGUGGGGAGCCUUGGACCUCAGAGUGUCCCUUUCCUGUAGAGAUGACAGUCUGAGGAUGGUAGCCACAGAGGGCUCUCUAGACAGCCAUUUUCCUCAUGCUUUCUGGGCAGCACAGGUAAGGCCAGCCAGGCUGAAGACUGGAGAACCCCGACAUGGGGGCAGGAACCCCCACACUCUGCCACUACAGGGCCAUGUCCCACCCUGAGGCAAAGGUCACCUGGUCCCUUGUCCCUGUUGGCAGAGGUAAAAUGUUGAUUGCUUCGUAUGCUGUGUGUAGCCCCUGAGAGUUUCACGAUCACCCCUUUGGGAGCUGGCGGGUACUUGCCCCAGAUUUCACCAAGUGUUUGUUACAGGGCCAGUGUGUCACAGACAUCACUUGAGAAGUGAGCUUGUUAGAUACAGGACAGAAAGAUACAAUGACCUCCUCUCUCUAGAGGGGCUGGAGGUUGCCUGGUCCUUGGGUGGCCCUCGAGGCUCUGCGUUUCCAAUAACCCACAACCGUGUCUGCCGUCCGUCUCACUCUCACAGCCCAGAGCAAUUGUUUCAGCCUGGCCAUUGGUUUCCUCCGCUGUCUCCCAGAGAGGAGAGAGAGUACUUAAGCGUGUAUAUGGGGAGGUGAUGUGUGUGCUGUGGGUAUUCUGGGGCACAAGGACGCCGGCAACCACGUAUCUGUGGCACGUGCUGCCCUUUCUGUAAGCCAUUUCUAGACUGCUCUGGAGUCCAGUGGAGUGUAUUCUAUCCCCGGUUCUGUUCACUCACGUGCUUCCGUGAAUACUGAAUGUGACUGUGUAAAGCUGGUAGAAUCAACCCCUUAAUGUAGAUAGCACUUCAAGUAUUGGACAUCUUUUUGCUGUGUUAAGAUAUCUAUAAAUACCUAUACAUUAUAUAUAUGUGUGUGUGUGUGUGUGUGUGUAUGUGUGUAUCAGGUCCUCUUGUAUGUGCUUUCCCAUGAUGGCGGUCUUCUCUUUGGUCAAGAUGAACUUUUAAUGGAGUUCAUUACUUUCCUCUCUGUACAAAGAGCCUAAUUUUGUGUACUCUGGUGGCUGAUAAGAGACUUUGAGAUUACAAAAUGCAAAGUAAAAUCCUUGAUAUAGAAAGUUAACUGUGCAGAAAAACUAAUAAAGAAAUUAAGUGUA